GAGAAACUGGUUGUCCAGGUGAGAUUACCAGCACAAGAAAAAAGGCGCACAUCGGCACAUGACGGGAAUUCCUCCGAAACAUCCUCUGUUCUGCUUGAAAUGGCCAUGGGACAUCCAUCCCCAGAACCCUAAAAGCCCUAACACAUGUAACUUGGACGUUCCUUGGCUCUUCAACUCACUGCAAAACCUUGGGUCUCUCGCCAUCAAUCUGUUCCAUUCAGCUUCCAGAAGCAUAUAUCCCUCGCUCAGUUCCUUCAAGCCCAACCAGUUAGAUGUCGGGAUCAAUGAGAAUAAGACCAGCUCAACGCCGACGGCAAGGAAGAAGGUACUAUCUCCCGAAGAACAAGGAGAAGCGGAACAUCGUGCCCUAGCUUUGGCGCUAGUAAGUGGGAAAGAGGCGACAGUUAUUGAAUUCUACUCCUCCAAGUGCAGGCUCUGCAAUUCUUUGCUUAAUCUUGUUAUGGAGAUGGAGAAGAAAAAUUCAGAUUGGCUCAACAUCGUCAUGGCGGACGCCGAGAAUGAGAAAUGGUUACCUGAGGCUAUACUGUUCAUAAUUGGUAAUCCCUUGUUACUGAGAAUGAUAAGAAACUACUUAUCUUUUGUGAGUACAGAAUAGAAAAGGUCUUGGAUUAACAACUAGUAUUUUCAUUUGAUUCCAAUACUAUGUCAAUUUUUUGUACUUCAAUUUCACUUAAUUGUAUGUUGUUCUGUUUUGUUUUCUGGCGUUGAAAUAAAGAAAUAUGUUACAAAAUCCUGCUGAUUUUUUUUUUUUGUAUUGAUAAAAAAAAUCUGAUGAUUUUGAAAAUACUGGACAUUUUCAAAGUACAGAAGGAGGAAUAAUUGCACACCUGUUCAUGACUCAUCUUGCUGAUCCCACACACUUAUUUGCAUACCCAAGGAGUGCAAACAUUUUAUCAUUCAAGUACCAUGUGUCAGUUACCAUACAUAGUAUUAACAUUUCGGGAUUUUCAUUUGCUAAUAGUGUUGGCAUAUAUAACUCAAUAAACAUUCAUGAAGCACUGUCAUGGGUAAUUUUAACAUUUCAGGAUUCUCAUGAUGUCAACUGUAAUUUUGACUUACUGAAAUACGAACUUUGUUCAAAUGGCUCCAACUGACUACACUUGCAACCAUUGUUAAUAGCACUGUCAAGUCCAAUUAAUGACCACACGACACACAUACAGAGAUGCAUAUGCAUAUAGAUAGACACUAGGCUGAUGAUGAACAACAGCUAACAGGUUAAACACUUGACAGUUUAUACUUGAUUAUGCAAUGAGAAAAUCAUAAGUUCCAUCUACCAUUUUUUGAACAGGUGUUUUCUUUUAGUGCCUUCCUCUCUUGUCAUUAUGUACUGGUCCCUUUGGAGCCUAUCCUGUUAAGACAAUUUGAACCAUUUUUUCUAAAGAAGGGUAAAAAUUCUUAUUAUGGUUCUGGUCUGUAGCCACAGGGGAUCUAGACUGUAGGUUAAAUUUGAAUGUUAAAAUAGCAGUAUAGGCAUCUUGCAAGGGCUGAAGUUGAUUUAGUUUUCAUAGGUAUUAGAACAAAGUAGGCUUUGCAAGUGGAGGUUGGGUUUGUCCUAUAGAUGCCCUAGAGAAAAUUUGGUGAUUUGCUAGAAAUGUUUCAAGGCCUAUGUGAAGAUUAGACACUUGGACCGACUGACCCAGGAACUACCUCAUAGGUAGGCUUGGUGUCUGACUUGGAAAUGCAAUAAAUACCAGAUACAAUUGAUGCAGACAGGUUAGAGUGCUGCACCCUUCAAUCAGGGAAGUCUGGAAUGAACUAAUCAUAUCAUUAUUUUUGUUCGGGGUGAGGGAUGAACGUACUUCUAUGAGACUGAGGGUGAAUAGUAACUGAUAUUGGUUAUUCCCUCUGUUGUCAGUGUUUGAGUCAUCAGCAGUAAGUGACAAAAUAAGAUGAUGUGAUGCUGAUAUAAUUGCACAAUUUGCCUGACACAAAUCACAUAACUUGUCUGGUAUAGUUGCAUGUAAGCUGAUAAAGUACAAUGGCAAGGAUUAUCUCUUUUUUGAAGCUGUAUGUUUACCAUUAGCCCAGGCGUGCGCCUUUUGAAAAUUUGACGGUUUUCCUUUUUUUGAGUCUAGUGGCCGGGCCGGGGGCUACACCCUCGGACCCCCGUACCCUCGUGCCACGCCCCUCGA